AUGCGACAUUUAUGGGCUCUGGUGUUACUAGGAGCCCUCCCCACUGCAGAUGAGGAGCUCUCAGAGGUGUUCCAGGAGGUGGUAAAGAACAAGCGUCACUUCAUCAAUGGCACUGAGCGGGUGAGUUACGUGCACAGGCAAAUCUACAACCGGGAGCAGAUCCUGCACUUCAACAGUGAUGUGGGGGUCUUUGUGGGAGACACCUCGUUUGGGGAGAUCCAGGCCAGGAUCUGGAACAGCGACCAGGACUUUGUGGAGAUCUAUUGGGCAAUGGUGGACACGGUCUGCCAGCCCAGCUAUGAGGUGUCCACCCCGUUCCUUGUGAACCGCAGAGGUGAGCGUGGGGCAGAGCGGGUCCCCUUGCCCCCUGCCCUGGGAAUGACCCUAGAGCCUCUCAAACCCUCCCUGGGAAUUACACCAGACCCCUCAGCCCUCCCUGUGCCCAACCCCAUGGCCUUUUGCCCCCUCCCAGUCCAUCCCAGUCCAUCUCAGUCUCUCCCAGUGCCCCCCUCACAUCUCCACCCCGCUGGUGCCACUGAGCUCCCACCUGGGAGGGCUGAGAGGGGCUUUGGGGAGCCCUGGAGGCAACUGGGAGGGAGUUUGGGGGAGCCUGGGUGGGAGGGUAGGGAGGCUGGGGGGGCUUGGCUCCCCUCAGAGAUGCCACCAGACACCGUCCGCAGCAAGAUCCUGGUGGGGGUCGGGGGCUUUGUCUUGGGCUUGGUCUUCCUGGUGCUGGGGCUCGGCUUCUACCUGCGGGAGAAGAAAUUGUCCCAAUUUUCAGAGAAUGAUAGACUGUUAAGGCUUUGA